GAGAACUGCUGCUUGCCGCCAUUGACACGCACAGAUAGAACCUAAAGAAAGGCAAAGAGUCCUGCCUGGCACCGGCGCCGCGCGGGCCGAAGCUGCGCGCGGGGAGCGGCGCGCAGAGGGCACCGGGCGCCCGGAGCCGGCGGCGCAGCACCAGCACUGUGCUAGUGCCGGGAGGCCACUGUGUCAGCAAGCUGAGAGGGAAACUGAGGCAAGAUGUCAGGCCGGAGCGGGAAGAAGAAAAUGUCCAAGCUGUCCCGUUCAGCCAGGGCGGGUGUCAUCUUCCCCGUGGGGAGGCUGAUGCGUUACCUGAAGAAAGGGACAUUCAAGUACCGGAUCAGCGUGGGUGCUCCGGUGUACAUGGCGGCCGUCAUCGAGUACCUGGCAGCGGAAAUUCUAGAAUUGGCUGGGAAUGCGGCGAGGGACAACAAGAAGGCCCGGAUAGCCCCAAGACACAUCCUGCUGGCAGUUGCCAAUGAUGAGGAGCUCAAUCAGCUGCUAAAAGGAGUGACCAUUGCCAGUGGAGGUGUCCUACCCAGAAUUCACCCCGAACUGCUGGCCAAAAAGCGAGGGACCAAAGGCAAGUCAGAAACUAUCCUCUCCCCUCCCCCAGAGAAGAGAGGAAGGAAGGCCACGUCAGGCAAGAAAGGGGGCAAGAAAUCCAAGGCUGCGAAACCACGGACAUCCAAAAAGUCCAAACCAAAAGACAGCGAUAAAGAAGGAACUUCAAAUUCCACCUCUGAAGAUGGGCCAGGGGAUGGAUUCACCAUCUUGUCUUCCAAGAGCCUUGUUCUAGGACAGAAGCUGUCCCUGACCCAGAGUGACAUCAGCCACAUUGGCUCCAUGAGAGUGGAGGGCAUUGUCCACCCAACCACAGCCGAAAUCGACCUCAAGGAAGAUAUAGGUAAGGCCUUGGAAAAGGCUGGGGGGAAAGAGUUCUUGGAAACCGUGAAGGAGCUCCGCAAAUCCCAAGGCCCUUUGGAGGUCGCUGAAGCUGCCGUCAGCCAAUCCAGUGGCCUUGCAGCCAAAUUUGUCAUCCACUGUCACAUCCCUCAGUGGGGCUCCGACAAGUGUGAAGAGCAGCUGGAAGAGACCAUCAAAAACUGCCUGUCGGCGGCAGAGGACAAGAAGCUCAAGUCUGUGGCCUUCCCACCCUUCCCCAGUGGCAGAAACUGCUUCCCCAAACAGACGGCGGCCCAGGUAACCCUCAAAGCCAUCUCCGCUCACUUUGACGACUCGAGCGCGUCCUCACUGAAGAACGUCUACUUCCUGCUCUUCGACAGCGAGAGCAUCGGCAUCUACGUGCAGGAGAUGGCCAAGCUCGACACCAAGUAGCCGCCGGCCGCGCCGUCCAGCAGGCGCUGCAGGAGCAUCCACGUCACAGGAGCGGGUUUUCUUUUUUGAAAGGAGAGAGGAGGGUGAUGCAGGGGAGCGCUGGGCGGCUGAAGGGAGCGGGUGGCAGCGGCUGCAGGAGCAGUCCCGCCCCCGGAAGGAGCCUUCUGCAUUUGAUAUUCCCGUUAAAAAGAGCCUCAGCCCUAAAAACCAGGUCUUCACGAGGGGUUCUUUCCAUAUGUUUUCUUCCUGUUGUUUUAGAACUUUUUAAAAAAACAGACUUCAUUUUAGAUUUAUAGCAUUGACUUUUACACACACACACAAAAAGCAAUCCUUUCAAAAUUCUUAAGCUUUCUGUUUCCCCUUUUUCAAGGGAGGAGGGCCUCCGAGUGCCCGGGCUUUGCUGGCUGGCUGUGCUCAGUGAUGGAGAGGCGAGCGUUAGAAAGGCAUCUCCCUGGUGCUUUAUCUUCUGGUUUAGUGCCCCUGCCCCACCCCUAUACUAUCUGUAACUACUCCUCAAAAGGUUUUGCUUCAGGCUUUUUUCUGUUUUUGUUUUGUUUUUUAAAGAAAAAGAAAAUGAAAGGAAAAAAAAUAAAAGAUCCAGUGUCUUUCUUA